AUGUCCGACACCCCGGAGAACAUGCGGGGUACCCGCACGACACAUACCCGCGACACCGACACAACCAACAAUACCAAGACUGCUACCCAAACACAUGCCAAUGCCAACGCACCGGCACAUCAGUCCUCCGCUCAAUCCGCAUCUACACUAAACGAUCAAAGCGAGCCCUCCCUUGCGCGCCGCGUCCAAAACUCCGCAACGGGACUCGCCCGCAGCGCAUUUCAAGGCGCGGGUAGCAAUGCCGCGCAGACACUGUCCAGCGCGACGAAUGGAAAGAGUGGAUCAUUCCCAUCUGCAUCGAGUGCUGGGUACGCCAGUCAGGAUGUGCUGGCGUCUGGGGCCCUGAGCGCGUCAUCGGGACAGAGCGCGCGAGGACCCGGCACCGGGGAAGCAUUUCGCGGUGGACAGGACACAAGCGAAUUGUCGCAAACACAAGGUGGAUUUGAGAUACCAGCUCUGAGUGAAGAAGAGUUUCAGAAUGUGUAUGGAUCUGGUGCACUAGAGCCCCAACAGGGCCUUGAAAAUGUAUCAGCAUCAACAGGUGUCAAUACCCAAUCCAGUCGCGAAAGCCUCCAAAACUCCACGACAGGGAACUGGAAGGGAAAGCAGCGCGCUCAAGAUCCCAUACAGAGGGAAUAUACAACAGCGUGGGAGCGUGCGAACACGAAUACAAACCCCGAACAAUCAGAAGCUGCAAAGCACAUGGACCCAGCGGACGGCGCGGCAGUAGUAUCGCUUCUUUCCGAUACUUCGUUCGAUGCGAAUUUCGGUGGCGCAUACGGCGAACAAGACACAUACCCAGGCGCAGAUUUAGAUCCCGGUGCAGCGCCUCCACCGCUGACAGCUGAAGAGAUCAAGAUGCUCGAAUCUUUCCGUAAACAAUUCGCACAGGAAGAGGGCGGGGAACAACCGUCACAAGCACCGCUAUCGUCCUUCAGCCUGGUCCCGGAUAUUGACACUUUUCUUCGAGAUAAUGACCCGGCUGCGUAUGCACCAGCACCAACACAAACGGAUCUUGGAAGGUCAACUUCGACGCCUCUUCGUGAUGCCGUGCUCUCUCAGCUUCCUGGUGCGGAUGAGUGGGUGAGCGUACAUGAGCGAUACCAUGACGAGGUCUGGGGAUAUCUGCGUCCUGCGUUAGAAGCCGCGCAGAAAGAGAUUGAAGAGAAGAAUGAGAUAGAUGAUGGUGAUGGACCUGCUGUCAGGCGGUUGAAGAUGAUUUUGAAACAUAUGAAGGCUUGA